GGGAUCAUGGCGGCUCCAGGGUGGUCUGAGCGGGUCCGAGAGCUGCUGCGACGGAUGAAUUCUUUCCACGGAGCCGGUUCUCCAAAGGCCCUGUGCCUGCCUUUUCUGGUGGCCGGACAGCAAGUGGGCCACGUGCCACAGCCCGUGGCCCAGCGUCUCCGACAGUAUCCAGCUGUUUUCUCGGUGUCUCAGGGGGACGAGGCCCCCACUUGCUUGGAGCUGAACAAGCACCUGGCCUCCUUUGAGGAGCGAACGGCCGCUGUGCAAGGGGUUCUCAAGGAGCUGAGGGAACAGAAAGCGUUCCCCUGCCUGAAGGAGUGGAGAGAAGAGCUCUACAACGUGAUGCCUUACUUUUGUGACCUGCCUCUCUUUGGCAUGGAGCGCGCUGCCACGCCACUGUUGGGGGUGAAGCGCUACGGCACCCACCUGAAUGGCUACACAUGGCGAAAGGGGGAGUUGUUUAUGUGGUUGGGUCGUCGGGCCCAGAACAAACCCACUUACCCUGGCCUGUUGGACAACCUCGCCGCUGGUGGCAUUGCGUCAGGGCUGGGGGUCAGAGAGACGCUGGUGAAGGAGUGCCAGGAAGAAGCUUGCAUACCUGCCUCCCUCGCUGCACAAGCCAAGCCCGUGGGGACUGUCACUUACACCUACGUGGGGGCACAAGGGGAAAUCUACCCUGAAUGCCAGUUUGUAUUUGACCUUGAGCUGCCUGAAGACUUUGUGCCUCAGGUGGGGGAUGGAGAGGUGCAGGAGUUCUAUCUGUGGCCACUUGACAAGGUUGGUGAAAGAGGCCAUUGGCUCUCCAGACUUCAAACCCAACUGUGCCAUGGUGGCUCUCGAUUUCCUGAUCAGGCACGGUUACAUCCGACCUGAUGAAGAACCUCAUUAUGUAGAGAUGGUGGAAGGGCUGCACUGCACGCUCUAGGACUCCAACGCUGCCCAC